AUGCCGCUUUUCGGCUGGAUGAAAUGGUCAAAAAAUGAUUCCUACAAAUCCACAAGAUAUCCUGAAUCAGAUGUAGUUACAAAAACCCUACUGAGGGAAUUGAAAUGGCACCUGAAAGAACGUGAAAGGUUAAUACAAGAGAUUGAAAAUGAACAAAAAGUCCAGAAGACUGGCACGGAUUAUAACUGGCUGAAGAACCAAAACCCUCAAGCAACCAUUCCAGCAACAGAGCAACGGCAGCUGGAAGUUCUGUGUUCACAAAUCCAGCCUUGCCAAACAGGAACUGUUCUCAGCAGAUUUCGUGAAGUUUUGGCAGAAAAUGAUGUUUUACCUUGGGAAAUAGUCUACAUAUUCAAGCAAGUUUUACAAGAUUUUCUCACUACCAUUGACAGACGAAACCAACAAGACCAGCUGGUAGAUGCAUGGAAUACAAAUUGCUCUGAACAUUGCAGCCUGCACGGAGACAGUUCUAAGAAAUCGGACAAAGAUGAAAUCCCCACAGUUUCAAGCUAUGUCGAUAAAUCCACACAAAGCAUGUUUCCCACCUUCUCUCAUAGAAUCUGGAACCUACCCUAUUACUACCCUUCAAGUUAA